CGUUAGCGUUUUCAAAGUAAUCUACGGCCCUGUUUGGGAAUUUCGUUAGCGAUUAGUGAUUGACAUUUUGAAAAGGGGGGGAGAAGGAAAACAGCCACACAAAGCACGCCAUCAUCAUCAUCAUCAUCAUCAUUCAUCAAAGGGGGCUGAAAUGGAGAAGUAUUUCGGAAACCCUUACCGGGGCGACCCGGGAGUCCCGCACUCCGACCCGUCUAUCUUCUGGAGCAAAUGGAUCGGCGGCGCUGGAUUCUCUGCUAUCGCCUGGUUCAAUCCUUACAUGUGGCAGCUCACCAAUGAGUACAAUUGGCAUGAUCGUGCAAUGCUUUUUGAGCAUCAUCACUGGAAAGAAGCACUAAAGAAGAACCAGCCAUAUGAGUUUAAGUGGAAUCAAAAGUCCAAAGAAUUCAGAGAGUCGUACUACUUCAACUGGCCUAUCUAUUUUCCAUAAGUUAUCUGUCUCUGUUAGUACUAUGAAGUUAGGAUUGAAGGCAUUUUCUUUUACUGCUGUGAUGGUUAUUCAGUACAUUUUGGCAUUUCAAAACUAAUUACAGUAUGUGGGAAUGAUUGAAGAUGACCAUUUCAACCUCGUUUCAUACUUUUACUCUAUAUUUUAUGAAUAAAACACAUUAUCAUAU